GUUCCCGGAUGCGGGCACGUUCGGUGGUUAUAAAGCGCUCGCGCAAGGCGGGAGCGGGCGCAGUUUGAAUCGCGGCGGGUGCUGGGCUCGGGCUGGUGUGGUUGGGCACGCGCUCUUUCGCUUACUACCCGUUUGUGGCGCUGCAACACCGCUCAUAAUGGCUGGUGGAAAAGCUGGAAAGGAUUCCGGAAAGACCAAGACCAAGGCGGUAUCCCGCUCACAGAGAGCUGGCCUGCAGUUCCCUGUUGGCCGCAUCCACCGACACUUGAAAUCAAGGACCACCAGCCAUGGACGUGUGGGAGCUACAGCUGCAGUAUACAGUGCUGCUAUUCUGGAGUACCUGACAGCUGAGGUUCUUGAGCUGGCAGGAAAUGCAUCCAAAGACUUAAAAGUGAAGCGCAUCACUCCCCGUCACUUGCAGCUUGCAAUCAGAGGAGAUGAAGAAUUGGACUCUCUCAUUAAGGCAACAAUUGCUGGUGGUGGUGUAAUACCACAUAUCCACAAAUCUCUCAUUGGAAAGAAAGGACAACAGAAAACUGUCUAAAGGAUACCAGUAUUCCUUGUUAUCUCAGGACUUUAAUUAAACAGUUGUCCAGUGUUGGUGAUUCCAGUGGACUGUAUCUGUGAAACACAACUUUGCCUUUUUGUAAUUUUGAGAAGAUAAAGCUCACUGAGCAUUCUAACAUACCAAAUUUCUGCAUUGAAGUCUUAACCAUAUUUAAGUGUUACCAUGGCUUCAAAGAAGCUAUUGUAUCUGUAAGGGUUUUUGAUUAAAGAUGACUGUUUUAGAUCUGUUUGAUUUUAAUGUGAAGUAGAAGUUAAAGGAAAUGUUUGGUUUUGUACAGACUACUUCCACACUAGUGGAUGAAUUCAAUAAAUGUUGUAUCAAUAAUA